GCUGUCAAAAGUUCCAAAUAAUGUUCUGUGUUGCGAGCUGUGAAUUUUGUUUUUGUUUGCGUGUGUAUUUCAAUUAAAUUUUGCAAACAUGACUGAAUCAGACGGGGAAAUAGAAUAUUUAGACGAAGAUGCCGACAUCGUGGAGAAGUGCAUUCAAACCGCGCUCCCGGUGGUCCCUGAAGUGGUGUUAAAGCCGGCACUUGAAAAGCUAACCUCUAUCCCGGAUGCUACAGCAAAACCAUUGCUCGUUGAGCGGUCCUCGAAGAAAAAGCGUGUGUAUGAUAAUGCCGGAUCCGAUUACGAUCCUUCUGAGGACUUAAGGCCGGCGAAGAGACCCAACAGAUCCCGCCAAAGCCUUAAUAAGUCCGGCGGAAACAAAUCUCUUCAGGCCACCACACCGAAAGCUCAGCAACCAAAACAAGCCACCUCGAUAUCCGAGCCUAAUGCUAUUGAGCCGAAAGACAUAGAGUCACGGAGAAAACUUGACAUAAAGAUCCCGGAUUACGAGGAUCCAUUGUGUUUGCCGGUCAAGUUGGUUAAACAUGAUGGUGCAGACGUGAGAAUGCUUAGAACCUGGAAUAAGUUGUGUCUGGACCGCCUAAAGGUUGCUGAUGAGGGCCUGAGCCCCAAGUCUGGGGAGGCGGUCGGGUCAAGGAGGUCUAUUGUGCUGAGACAUGUGAAGCAUAGUCAGACUGGUAAACUAGAGCUAACAGUCUGGAACAAGACAUCGGUGGAGAACAGUGAGGGGGAGAAGAACUCGGAGGUAUUCCAGGCUGUGCUGCCGAGGUUCCGCGAGAAGACGGUGCUAGACUUCACCAUGCCACCUGCCAAGAAGAAACAGGGUACAAAGACAUCUAGCACAGUACUGUUGACCAAAGAAGGAGAUGCUCUGAUUGCCUACAAACCUGAAGAGGCCAUUUCAGCUGUAUACCAAUUGAAAGAGGCUCCUGAAACAGAAGACGCGGACGCAUCGAUCUCCCGCCGCUACGCUCACGAGGUGGCUCCGUGCCGCGUGUGCGCCGCCUGCCACCAGGCCAGCAGUAGACCCGCCAAGGAGGGGGGGAGCAGUAAGAGCAUACCGUGCAAGGUGUGCCAGCGCUCGUUCGUGAGCGUGUACAACCUGCUGUCGCACACGCGCUGCCACGAGCCCAGAGAGAUACGCCGCCAGAAGAGGCAGAUCUCCAGUUCGCUGGCUAAGAUAGUAGAAUACCACUACAAGUGUCGCAUCUGCCAGCAGAAGUUUCCCUUCAUCAAGGAUCUACGCAAGCACGUCACUAAGCACCGAGCUACUGAGAAGUUCCUAUGCGAGGUCGGCAACCACUGGACGUUCUAACGAGAUGACUAUGAAAUGUAUGUGUGUAAGGUAAAUAAAUAUAU